UCUUUUUUCGCGCCGCUUGUCAAAACAAAAUUAAAUUUCACCUGAUCACCUGGCGUGCUUCUGCAUUUAAAAUCUAUUUCAAUAUUUCAAAUAGAAAACAAUAGUGUGUUUUUAUAAAAUGGAAGAGAAUAUUGGGUGCGAGGUGUGCUCCAGGUUGUUUUCAACAAGAAGCAACUUAAUUAGACACAUAAAAUCCGUACAUAAAAUAGAAAUUAUGUAUGAUAAACAAUUCAAACUUUUUCAAUGUCUUGAAGGCUGCGACGUAUCGUUUUCUACCUAUAAAAAUCUUUUAGAGCAUCUCCAGGAACAGCAUUGUGUAACUAUAGCAAUUGAGACAAGAGAAUUUUCUUCGAUUGAAGAGUUUCAGACUUAUCUUGAUGAAUAUGAGAGUUCGAAUAAUGUGAAUUAUCGGCUAAGUCGAGGAAAACAGGUUAUUGGAGAUUGGGAAACAAGAUACUAUGAUUGUGCUCGGUCUGGCAAGGUGAGAAAGUCAUAUUGUAAAUUAGGAUUAAGAAAGGAAAAAGCUCAAGGAAGCAAAAAAAUUAAUGCCGCAUGUACGAGUAGGAUUAAACUAACCAAACAUCAUGCCGAUUCUACAGUUUUUAUGGAGCAUUACAAAACACAUUACGGACAUGAUAUUGAACUAAAACAUUUGAAAAUUUCCAAAAAAGAUCAAACCCUUAUAGCACAAAAACUUCAUAGUGGUGUUCCUAUGUCUAGAGUUCUAGAUGAGUUUAGAGGGAAGGCGAAUACAGAUAAAUUACGUAGAAUCAAUCUCCUCACCAGAAAAGAUUUACACAAUAUAAAAUCUACUCAUGAAGACUCACUUAGAGAAGAGCAACAAAUGGAGUCUGGAAAUGAGGGUAGCGCAUCAUCCUCAGAAACAGUCACAAGUAGAAGAAAUUAUAGAAAGACGAAUCUUAAAAGGCAGUUAAUAAGAGAUGUCAAAUACUUUGUUACUAAUUGUCAUAACGAGCAACGUCUUAGACGUGUUGUAAAGGCAGUGAGAAAAAUGAGGUUAUGUGCGGAAAAUAAUGCUCGAAAAUAUGCACAGAGACGUAGAAGUAUAAACGAUAGAAUUAAAAGACAGAAAAAUGGUAUUGAGGCUUCAGAGAAAAUAGAAAUUAUAUCAAAGAAUCUUAAAAAUGAUCACGAUUAUUGUGCUUAGCCAUAUAUUUCUUAAUUUUAGACAUACAGGUUGGA